AUGCCGUCAGCGAUCCGGUGGUGGCCGAUCCAUAUAACUUCAUCUGGAUCUGACACUGUGUCGAGGUGGUUUUCAGGCGGUAGUUACGCGAGGUGGCGUUGUCCGGAGUUGAGUUUCUUGACUGUGGUGCUCGACGACGUUGUGUGGAAAGUAGUGACGGCGUUCGAGUCGAGAAACCCAAAAACCCAAGUCUCGUCGAGACGGAGAGGAGAGGAUUCGUCGUCUAUCGAGAAGAAAGCUCCGACAAUGGCGUGGAUGCGACUGAUACAGAACGCGAGAUCUGUUCUAGGGACAGCGCCACCGUCUUCGACCUUAACCCUCCCUAGAUUCUAUUCCAAGCCCGCUCCUUACGCCGUGAAAGUUGGAAUCCCUGAGUUCUUGAGUGGGAUUGGAGGAGGAGUUGAGACACACAUCGCCAAACUUGAGACUGAGAUCGGUGAUCUUCCGAAACUGCUCGUGACUCGUACGCUCAGGCUCAAAAAGUUUGGCAUCCCUUGCAAACACAGGAAACUCAUACUGAAAUAUAGCCAGAAAUACAGGCUAGGGCUAUGGAGGCCUAGAGCUGACGCUAUAAAGGCGUGA